AUGGCUAUGGAAUUCAUAGUUGAAACCAUCCAUGAAGAAACCAUUAAACCUUCUUCACCAACUCCCCUUAACCAGAAAAUUUUCAAGCUGUCACUUCUUGAGCAGAUUGCUCCUACAAUUUACAUACCGGUAAUUUUUUGGUAUCUUAACGAUACUGAUGCUGCUGCUGCUGAUUUUUCCAAGGCUAAAGAAAUAUCCCAGCGACUCAAGAAAUCCUUAUCCAAAACUCUAGGUCGCUUCUACCCUUUUGCAGGGAGGAUGAGAAGUAGCUGGAUUGAAUGUAAUGAUGAAGGGGUUGACUUCAUCGAAGCUCGAGUUAACUGCCUUCUCCAGGACAUUUUCAAGCAACCGGAUGGCGAGUUGCUGAAGAAACUUCUGCCUAUGCGUUUGGAAUCCCCAGAAGCAGCAACGGGACGCAUAUUGCUUGUUAAGGUCAACUUCUUUCAGUGUGGGGGCAUGGCAAUUGGCGUAAACAUUUCACACAAGGUCGCUGAUUUAUCCACCUUGAGCAUUUUCAUAGAGAGUUGGGCCGCCAUGGCUCAGGGCUCUAGCGAAGUGGUCCGUUCGGAGCUUGUAACUGCUUCAUCGUUGUUCCCACAUAUGGAUUUACCGUCAAAAGUGUUGGAAAUGGAAUUCAAGGGACAAAAGUUUGCAACGAGGAGAUUAGUAUUCGAUGCUUCAAAGAUUUUGACGCUCAAGGCUCAAGCUGCUAGUACAGACGUGCCACAGCCUACUCGUGUUGAAGCUGUGACAGCACUUAUUUGGAAAUGUGCAAUGGCUGCAUCAACAUCAAAUCGUGGUGGAUUCACAAAGCCAUCUGUGUUGGCUCAAGCUGUGAACUUGCGUAAAAGGAUGAAGCCUCCCCUGCCUGAAAACUGUAUUGGGAAUCUUGUAUAUGGGUUUAUUGCACAGACGCCAGAUUGUGAAACCGAAUUGCAGGGCUUGGUUCAACAAUUAAGGAAUGGAAUUAGAGAAUUCUGUGAAAAUUCUGCAGGAAGCUUUACAAUUUCUUCAAUCCUUGAGGAUUCCAAAACAUAUGAGAAGUUGUACGAAAGAGAAAAUGUUGACUACUAUUGCUGCACCAGUUGGUGCAGAUUCCAGCCAUAUGGAACUGAUUUUGGAUGGGGAAAGCCCAGAUGGGUUAGCCUCGGCGGUGUCACGCCGCCAAAUUAUUUUAUAUUGAUGGACUCAAGCGACAGUGAGGGAAUAGAAGCAUGGCUGAGCUUGACUGAAGCUGAAAUGGCUUUCUUUGAACGCAACGAAGAACUGCUUGCGUUUGUUUCUGUGAACCCAAGUGUCAUUUAA